UCAGUGUGUUAUACACCAUCGUCAGAAUCCUAUAGUAACUAAUUCCUCUAUUGUUAUAUAUGUGUGUUUAUGUGGCCGUAGAAUAGAAACGGCAAUUCUUCUACAAUUGCCUAGCAAUGGAUAUGUAAGUUACAAUAUUAAACUUGUUGCACUGUGUGGUCUUAGUAUGCAUUCAUGUAUUAAGAAGUGUAACGUCUCAAGAUGUUUCUUAUAAAGGUCAUCUGUCCCUAACAUUACAUUCACGGCUCGGUAAAUCGAAGUUAAAGUCUUAAGACGAUUAUGCUCACAGUUAUCAGUGACUUUCUCAGCUUCUACAUAGCUGCAAUCUCUAGCAGAAUUAGCUACAUCCAUAUCGACCCUAUAUGAAGCUAUGCACUUAGCAUAUGCUCAUUGGUAUCCUGAAUGGACUCACUUGGCUUCGAGCUGUAACAUUUGUCUCCUCCUCAAGUGCUGCCUGCAGCACUGUGGAACCUGCUUUUUGCACUAAGAGUCAUUUUGAAAGUUCGAAAUAAGCUUCGGGUAUCCAGAGGUUAGUCCGGAUAUGUAACAGUCUUUAGUGGAGACUCUCUAAAGCAGAUCUUAUCAAUAUCAGUUCAGAUUAAACAUGUUGACCACGCACACAAUUUGCCUUACACCCUUCUCGUUGUGUUUUUGCAGUUAACUUUAUGUCGUUGCUUAGAACCUACCCCUAGCAGUUAUUCGAAAAGGAACUCUUAAAUGUAUGUAGCAUCAACAUGAAACACGCCAUACGGUUCCACUUGAUACAGUACCGUCACUGUAGUACUUUUGAGAUGCAAUCUCUCUCCAGUUAGUAAUGAGAUCAAAUGGUGAGCCCAUCCAUAAGAUGUAGCGUCACAGUCGGGAUCCAGGACCGGCGCACUGAGGAUGCCAUCGCACGGGGACCAUCGUGGUACUGAGUAUCGCUUCGAGCAGCCUUCCAGGACGCAUCCAUACGACCUAGGAGAGAGCUGUAGUUUGGGUGACGAAGGCGACAACACGCCUGGGGAAGGUCACACCCCUGCCAAACAGAAUGUUUUUAGAACCAGGUUUUCUCAGGUGCUGGCCAACUUGGCUAUCCAUCUGCUGGUGCUUGACCUCUGCAUGUCUUUCGCCUUCACCACCAUCGUGAUUGCGGCGCUAUUAGACGCCGAAGUUGCAGAAGGGAAGGAUGAGCUCUCUAUCAACAACAACGAAGCAUCUUGGCUUGGAAGCAUCGCUUACAUUUGCCAGCCUGUUGGUAGCGUCAUGUCCGGUGCGAUCGUCGAGUUUUUCGGCCGCAAAUGGUCCAUGAUAAUAGUGAACGCUCCCUUCCUACUGGGCUGGGUGCUCUACAGUGUGUCCAACUCACUGACGAUGUUGUACAUCACUAAUGUUAUUCUAGGGAUAGGGAUUGGCUUCAUGGAAGCGCCAAUUAUGACCUAUAUCGCCGAAACUUGCCAGCCCGACCUUAGAGCUCUCCUUACUUCACUUCCAGGCAUAAUGGUACAAAUGAGCUUUUUUGUUGUGUACCUGAUGGGAAAUGUGACGACGUGGAGAAUUGCGGCAGGCAUCAGCGCCUCCCUUCCCGUCAUCACUGCUUUGUAUGUCACCCAGAUGCCUGAAACGCCAAUAUGGCUGCUGUCACGUGGCCGGACGGAAGAUGCAGAACGCGCCCUCUGCUGGCUUCGAGGCUGGGUGACGCCAGACGUUGUCAAAGAAGAGUUCAACCAGCUGGUCACGUACAACAACGCGACCAGUAAGAGGAAUCCUGUCACAUCUCCAAUGGUUCAGUUCAGCUCUCUGUCAAGAAACCAGGAGGAUCAGGGCGAUAAAGAAAAUUACAUCAACAACGAGUUUCAUAGCAACGCAACCGAAAGAGGAAUGCGCGCAGUGUCCACUACACCUACCCUGGCUGAUAGCGACUCAUCGCACUGCAACCUUGAAAUUUGGAGGGAAAUGCUGCGCCCCCCCACUCUGCGCCCCCUGAUGCUAGUGCUUCCGUACUUCCUGAUACAGCAGCUAGCAGGAAUGGCUAGCAUUAGGCCAUUCAUGGUGCAUGUGUUCAGAGAGCUAGGCCUGGAUGACGCUGCGGAAUGGACCACGGUGGGCUCUGCAGUGAUUGGUAUUGUCGGCGCCGCGUGUCUGGUUUCUACUGUCACCUGGCUCGGGAAGAGAUUCUUGUCCCUGGUCUCCCUAGCAGGAAACGGCGCCUCCUGUCUGCUGCUAGGGAUCUACAGCUAUGUGGUGUUGAGGCCGGGUGGAGCAGACCAGCUCUCGGCGACAUGGCUGCCUCUCUCGCUCAUCAUUGUACUCUCCUUCUGCAGCAGCGUAAUGUUCGAGAUACCAUGGAUGAUGCUCAGCGAAGUCUUCCCCUUCAGGACUCGAGGAAUGGCCAGCGGCUUCUCGGCAGCCAUGUGCUACAUCUUCCUUUUCGUGGCCUCCAAGACUUAUCUGGACAUGGAAGAGAGCCUGAACCUCCACGGCGUCUUCUUCCUCUUCGCCGCUGUCAAUGCAAUUGGGUUUAUAUUUGUGUACUACAGAAUGCCCCGGAUGGAGGGGAGAUCGUUGGUAGAAAUUGAGGAAUAUUUCAGCGGACAGAAUAAAAGAGGUUUCUUAAAGAAAUAAGAACUAUAUUGAAGGAUGCAUUUCAUAUGUUUGCUCCGUAAUGGAUGAAACAAUUAUGGAACUGUAACACAACCAAAAGAAAUAUAAAAGUUCAGGAGAUAUCUUCUGAAUCAGAUGUAGUGAAGAAAAAUAUUAAAUGAAAGGGAAUUCUAA